AUGGCUCUGAGAGGACGGCGUCCUGCGUUCCUGCUGCCCCUCGUCCUGCUGGUCGCUGGUCUGGCCCUGGCCAGUGGGUUACCAUGGCUCGAGGUGAACAAAAUAUUCAAUAAGCAUCACGUGGACUAUCCAAGGACCACAACCCCCAACCCCAGCACCUACUGCAACAUGACGAUGAGAGCCCGGGGAAUAUACUGGACGCCGGUCAACACCUUCAUCCAUGCAUCCAACCCGUCCAUCAGAAAUAUCUGCUUUAGAGGUGGGAUACCAAUCCAGCACGGCCUACGCAGGAGCAUUCAAUCCUUCUCCAUCACCACCUGCAGAUAUAUUGCGUGGAUCCGCUCAUACAUCGGGACACGGAGAUCCCAGAAGAUUAUCAUUGGCUGCUGGAAUGGGCUCCCUGUAUACUACAGGGAGUAA